GUGUCCAUACUAUUUGUUUGCGCGGUAUUCGCGACGAGUGACGGAUACCGUAUCCUAGGCAUGUUUCCAUACAACGGGAAAAGUCAUUUUAUAAUGUUCGAGCAUCUGAUGAAGGCCCUUGCGAGGAAGGGCCACCAGGUCGACGUGAUCAGCACGUUCCCGUUGAAGAAACCGUAUCCGAAUUACAACGACCUGAUUGUGUUACCCACUGCGAGGGAUUUCAUGAACAAUAUGACUUACGACGAGAUGCACAACAUGAUCAGAGCGUCGUCGGCCUUCGCUGUGGCUACCAUGACAGGAAACGACAUUUGCGAAAACUUGAAAUAUCCAAAGUUUCAAGAAUUGAUACGCAACCCGCCGAAAGACCCACCUUAUGACGUCGUCAUUAUGGAG